UAUAUCUCGUUAUAUCAAUCUUGUUAAGUGAGCAAUGCAUAUGCUUACGCCGCCGGAAAGUUUUCGACGAAUUGCGAGCUGCGGCGGGGGCGUACAAUACCCACUGGGCAUUACACGUUCUUUUUAUGCAUAUAUAUGCAUAUCGUAUGCGCACGCGGGCGGAUGGAUGCGGAACGGAACGUUGGCCACCGGUCACGAGAGACCGGAUACAAACACCUGCUCGUCACGAUCGGCCUUUACGGCCUGAGUACUGGUGUCACUACGAACGUUUAUGGCCCGGUCCGCGCUAACGACGUCCAAUUAGGUACUAACAAAGCCGAACAUUGUUAUAGCUUACGCGUAUAUAUGGCAGUAUCGAGCGCAGCCGUGACAGGAAGGUUUAUUGACCGACACUGGGACGUCUCUGUUGCUCUCGUGCGGUUGUUUAUGAGCGACGUAAGAAGUUUCAGAUAGUCCGCUAAAACACGAGGAACCUCAUCCAGCUUUUGAAAAGCACUCACUUCCUGAGCAACCAAUCUUAUCUGAUGCCAAGAGCUGAUUGAUAUCUUGAUAUAGCCUGAAGAGGGGUGGUUCGAGUCUCAUCCGCCAUAAACCACCCCCAUCGGCUUUAUGAACUGCGCAUAGGGUGGCGCUGAACAUCUCUAGUGCCUCGGAGGUAGGUACACAUUUAAUCAUAAUCUAAUAUUUAAAAGGUAAUUUCACGGCCUGUUUACUUCGUGCAAUCCGCCUGCCCUCACAUCGUUCCAUUCU